UUGUGUGAUACCUGAAAAAUCAAUCAAAACAAAAAUCUCCACGGGCCAAAACAUUCGCUGCGAAUUUUGCUCAAAAAUUGAACUCAAUUCAGAAUUCCAAUGAUAAACUAGACAAAAUUUAACAAAAUGGGCCAAGUCAAGAGCCAGUUCAGCGAGGAGGAGCUGCAGGACUACGAAGAUUUGACGUAUUUCACCAAAAAAGAAAUUCUCUAUGCGCACAAAAAGUUCAAGAGCCUCGCCCCGGAAAAGGUCGGCCACAACAAGAACGCCCGGCUGUCGAUGAACAAGAUCCUGCAGUAUCCGGAGCUGCGGGUGAAUCCGUUUGGCGAUCGGAUCUGCAAGGUGUUUAGCUCCAACAACGGCGAGAUAUCGUUCGAGGACUUUCUGGACAUGAUGUCGGUGUUCUCGGACGCGGCCCCCAAGUCGGUCAAGGCGGAGCACGCGUUCCGGAUUUUUGAUUUUGAUGGCGAUGACAUGAUUGGGAAGAAUGACCUGAAGCAGGUGAUUCAGAGAUUGACGGGCUACAACAACGCCCUCAGCGAUAGCGACAUUGACCAGCUGAUAACGAACAUCUUGGAGGAAGCCGACCUGGACGACGACGGAGCGCUCUCGUUCGCCGAAUUCGAACACAUUAUCGACAAAUCUUCCGAUUUUACAAACUCAUUCCGCAUCAGGCUAUGAAUCGAGAAACGCCCGCAUACAACGUUUAGCUCAAAUUAUUCUUCGAACCAAGACAAACCAUGUAAUCUCUACAUUUGGAACGUAUUUCUCCCCACUCCACGCAAGAUAUUAUAGCAUGUUUAGUGUAAAAUUUUGACAAUUUUAUUCGGUGUCGUGUUUUUAUGUACUAUUAUUAUGUGUUUCUCAUGCAAUAAAUGCCCACAAUUAUUAGU